UUUAAACUUAAAAAUAAGAUUUCAUAGGCAAAAAAUAAGAAAUAAAUAAAAUGAAAUUUGUAUUAGCAGCUUGUUUAAUAAUUUCUACAGUAUUGUUGAUUAAAGGAGAACAAUUCGAAUUAAAAGCAAAUAUGGAUAAAGGUAUUUCAUCUUCAAACCAAUUGGGACGUUUAUUUUUAAAUCCUUGUAAUGCAAUUGCAAAUAAUUUCGGAAUUGGAGAUUCAAAAUGUUCAGUUAAAUGCAAUUUUCUUGGACAAGAAAAUGGAGGAAUUUGCCAAGACGGUCAAUGUAUUUGCAAACAAUGAUUAAAUAUUUAUUCACAUUCCAAUAAUCAAUAUUAUUAUGUAGAAAUAUUUUUAAUCAACUUUACAUUCAAAGUAAUAAAAUGAAUUCAUUUUUUUUAAUUAAAGCAUAAUAUAUCUA